GAAACCUUUUCACUGUAUUUUACUGCUGAUGGCAGUAGCGCAGACGUCAAUUUCAUGUGUUCAUGGGGCAUGUCAACGCCAUCUAUACUUAUUUUCACACACCAAAGUUUGGGCUUCGUGGGUUUGGUCAAGUAAAAUAAAUGCACUACGUUUGCCGCAAGAAGGGUAGAUAAGUUCGUUCGUUCACUACUUGAUGUCGCUAAAGUUCAGAAUAGCCAACUAGCUACUGACGUUUUUCGUUCUCUCCUUCUUAUAGUCGUCUUGGGGCUUCAUGCAGCGAACUGUGUGGUAUUCGUGGUAUUGGCUGGCCAGCAGGCCUGCAGCGGCACCACCGGCAUAUCACACUGUGAUGAUCACAGCAGCAGGCUGUUCUACACUAGCAUUGCUCGGUUCCUCCUGUUGAGCCAGCCUGGCCACAAUCAAGCAUUGUAACUUUGGUGUUGUGUAUGUCAGCCGCACAGUUCGCUUCUCUACACCCUGCGCGGAGUGUAGAUAGAAGCGGAGUAAUUCCAGUACAAUUUAUUUUACGUAGUAGCUGAUAUAAAGCUGUACAGGAUCCUGUGUGGUCUCUGAUCCCGGUCAAUCCACAAUGAAUAAAGUGUUGAUCUAUUCGAGAAAGCCGUUGCGAUAUUUUUUACUAUGUAUUGAUAUGUAAUUAAUAUGGAAUUUAAAGUACUAAAUAGCAAGUUGCAAGAAAUAUGUACAUACGAGUGUUUUUUACUCUUUUGACAAGUUGGCAUUUGUAAUCGCUGUCGUGGCCAAGAACUUCUGAUUUUAGUCCUGCAAAAUGGAUGAAACUAUUAUGUUACUUGUGUUAGUUAUAGUUAUGUUACUCGGAAGUUACAUUGCAGGCAAUAUACCGCUGAUAAUGUCACUGUCAGAGGAAAAGCUCCAGCAGGUGUCAGUGUUCGGUGCUGGUUUGUUAGUCGGUACAGCAUUAGCUGUAAUCAUUCCUGAAGGUGUCAGGUCUCUGGAUUUAGCCGGAAGUAAAGAUUCCAAUCAUGCUGCUACAAAUCAUGCAACAGUUCCCUUGACAUCAGAGAGCAGUAAUCACAUGGAAGCUCAUUCUUUAAUUGGAAUAUCAUUAGUGUUAGGUUUUGUAUUUAUGUUGUUAGUAGACCAAUGUUCAUCAAGGCGAAGAGAUGUAGAAGGAUCAUUGUCCGUUGAACGAAAUUAUACUGCAACACUCGGACUUAUAGUACAUGCAGCAGCUGAUGGAGUGGCCCUGGGGGCAGCUGCUACAACAGCUCACACUGAUGUGGAAAUGAUAGUGUUCUUAGCUAUCAUGCUACACAAGGCUCCAGCAGCAUUUGGCCUUGUAACAUUUUUGUUACAUGAAGGUCUCGACAGGAAGAGCAUCAGACGUCAGCUUUUGGCCUUUUCCAUUUCUGCUCCCCUUUUGGCAUUGUUGACCUACUUCUUCAUAGGGCAGGAAGGAAAGGAGACUUUGUCCACUAUAAAUGCAACAGGCAUCGCCAUGUUGUUCAGUGCUGGUACUUUUUUGUAUGUUGCUACUGUACACGUUCUUCCUGAACUAACAGCUCGAGCAGGGCACAGCCAUGGAACAGUUUUGUCAUCAGAUAGUGCAGAAAGGAAAGGCUUGCGCCCAUUGGAGUUGUUUUCUCUUGUGUUGGGUACCCUUCUGCCUCUCUGCCUCACUGUAGGACACCAUCAUUGAUUGACAUUAUUCUAGAAAAUGUGAUGCCUGUGUCUCAGGAAGACUUAUCCAAGGAAAAGGAGCACCUGCUCUUUGACGCAAUGCUUUGAGAAUUGGAAAGUAAAUAGUGCACCUGUUUCUAAUCGGUUAAACAAAAUUUCUUCCAUAUGGCAUUCAGAUAUUGAGAAUUACUUUUUGGAAAGGUGUAAAUACAAGUUUAUUUCAAUUGCGUUUGUGGAGGAUUUUUUUCGUGCAUAUGAUAUACUGAUUGUGAAAUGUCUGAGUAGAACUGCAGUCGAGAGCCGUAUAACUAUUCCUUGAACAGUCAGAUUGGGGCAAAUGGAGCCAAGUAAUGCAUAUUGAAGUAAUUUUAUUUCCUUUCCUUAUUUUUGCAGUUACUACAAUUUUAUCUGUAUUACUUUUCGGGGUUAGCACAGGCAUGUAUGAAACAAGGGGAGAUGAUAUGGUAUGUUUGGAGUCAAGUUUAAAAGGAGAUUGAAGAUUGAUUACCUCAAAUAAUAUUAAAUGAAGCUAUCCCACUCAUCUCUAAUGUCUCCCUGCUACAAAGUUAUUUAGGCUUGAUGCAAAAUAGGCCUCCUCUUUCAGAUGCAGACAAACUUCUUAAAAUACAUGAAAUUUGAAAAAUAAUACAAAUAGCAAAGAAUCAAACUGCUUUCAAAUAAUGUUUCAGUUAACAAAAUAUUAUUGUUUCAUUUUUAUUACAGAACAAUUCAGUUUUGGUUUUAAAACUGUUCCAAAUAAUAGUUAUCUACCUUUUAAUGAUUUUCUUAUUUAUAUUAUUUAUUUCCUGCUUCCAUUAUAUUAUUAUUAUUAUUAUUAUUAGUGUUAAAAUGUACCUAACGAUAAAUAUCAGAAUUAAGAUUAUUCAAAUUUUUAUCGAUUCCUUUCCCAUCUAAGGCAAAACUCAUGAUAUUUUAAAAUUAAAAAAUGUCAGAAAAAUAUGUUAGAAAUAAAUUACCCUUAUAAGUGCAUUGCACUCAAUUUCGUUAUUUUCACUUACGCAGAGACAGUUGCGAUUAUUAAUCCAUUUAUUAUAUUUACCAGCACUAUAGAUAUCUUUCUUCAGAAUUCAAAAAAAUGAAGAUCUUUAUUACUUUUUUCCCAUGCAUGCAGAAAUUGAAAGAAAAGAGGAGACUUCAAGCUUUUGAUAGGUACCAGUAGUUUUGUUUCCGAUGAACUUGGGCUAAAAUACAAAAAUAUUUAUUUUACUAAUUUCUAAUGUUCACAGAAAUUGAAAGAAAAUAUGCAAGCCCCAGGCUUUUGAGAGGGGUCUGGGGUGGGAAGAUUGGAAAAAUACAAAAAUAAUGAAACAGUUUUGAUGUGGACUGAGAAAAGCAAAUAUUUAAUUACGUUAAUCUGCAUUUCCUUGUACGUGUUAGUAAAUAUUCUUAUACUUGAUAUGUUACUGCUUGUAAUACAGCUGAUAUUGUGUGUUGAGGAACAAAGAAGGUUCGGUAUUCAUGCAUUCCAUUUUAGUUUUUUCAAUUGUAUAUUCAUAUUGAAUUAAUGUACAUUCUUCAUAAGAUACUGUAAUAGGUGUUAUUAAUUGUUUCCCGUCCGAAUGGACUUUUAGGAAAAUGUCUCAAAAGAGCAGAAGGGCCACUGCCACUGUGCCUCUGAAUUUUGUUCUCUUGUGUUAUUGUCAAAGCUCUGGCCAGUGGCCAGUGAUACUGGCAAAGUUGAAAUGACCCAAACACUUUCCUGGACAGUGGGAGUGAACCCCAAAAUAAAGUUCUUUACUCUGUUCAUAUUUGUUGGGACAGAUGAAUUCUAUUUGCUAUUAAAUGUAGCUUUUUGUUUCUUAAUACAAAUAUAUCAAAAUUAUAACCUUGUAUGUAUUGGUGUUGUACUAGAUAUGGUAGCUGUUUCUGCAUUAAUACUUUGUUGUUGAGAGUUGAUGUAGUUGUAAUAAAUUGGGGUCAGACGAAAUUAGUGGGUUGCUAUUACACAAUAGUUGUACAGUGCAGUUCAGGAAAUGACCGUGAUUGAGAUAGUUGAGCAGGAAAAUAGGAAGAAAAUCUAACAAUAUGGAAAUUUGAUAUUGCAAAAACGGAGAACAUAAAUAUCCAGAAAUUGUAGAGGAUGAAACUAAAGGUAAAAGUAAGUGAAAAAAGUUGUGGUGAGGUCCUUAAGUCCUUAAAAAUUGAUUCUUUUAAGAUUAAUUUACACAUGACUUUUAAAAAAUGCCACUUAAAUUGCAAAUAAUUUCAGAAUCCCUCUUAAAAAAAUAUAUCUUAUACUUUUUAUGUACCAGUCUGUGUUAUACAUUAUAAAAAACUACAUGCCAAGAUUUUUGAGUUCGGUAGGUUGGUUUCUGAGAGGUGAGCUGUAUUUUCAUUACUUCUCUUGCAUUUUUUAAUAUGAUUUUUGUUAAAUACUCUGUAAAACUGUUGUUAAAUAAUCAUUUAAUGUGAUGUUAGUUCCUUCUUUCAUUUCUAAGAGGUAUACAAAAAAGGUAUGUCUGUUCAACAUUGGGGUAGAUUUUUAGUAUUUCAUUCAAUGGGUGUCUUGGUUCCCAGGGAGUUAAAUAUACUCUGCGGCAAUCCAUUUUCAGCACUGUGCGUUUUUCAUUUACAAGGUCCACAUUUCUUCUGCUUUAAAGAAAUUGUCAGUUGAUGUCUUUAUUGAAAAUUUUGUCAACAAGAAAGGAAAAAAUUUGAGUAGGAUGUUUUAGUUCAUAGUAGAGUAAAAUGUGGGUGGGGGUCGCUUUGUUUAUAGCUUGGGGCCUCAUUAAAGGUUAAUUUGGCUCAACAUAAGAGAAUUGACACAUCCCUGUGUAAAAACAACUUUUGUAUUUCAUGGGUCGGUUUUAAAAACGUAACCAUGAAGAGAAGUCAUCAAAUUGCUGCUAUGAUAUUACAUUUUAUUGAAGACUAUGAAUUUUAUCUGCUGAAGCCUAAGAUUGAGUUCACUACUUCAUUUUCUUGGAUAAAUAGUAUGAAGUGAGAGGUAUAUGACAUGUUCGUUCGAAGUAAUGUUUUUUUCUAACUAAAAUAGGUUUUAUUUUAAUAAAGAAAACAUAUUUGGCUAAUGUUUAGGAAACAAUUCUAUAAAUGUGACUUUCAAUUAAGUCAUUUCAGCUUUUUAAAAUUUUAUUUGAGAUCCAUUAUUGAUUUAUCAAGAUCUUCAAAAGUUAUAUAAAAUCUAAGUUGUGAUUCAAACUUUAUUACUUCUGUACUGUUUACUUUCCACAAGAUACAUUGUUGAACUUCCUGAAAUGGCAUCUUUUUUCUAGUUGUGAUUACUGAAUCAAAUUUCCUUUUGGUCUGAAAUUGUUUAUGUGUAUAUUGAAUUUGAAAUUGGGAGUGUUCAAUGUUACAAGUAUGAGUACUCUGUGAUACACGCAGUGUUCCUCUUGUUUCUAUUGUGUAUAAGUGUUUGUUAAUGCUAUAAAAGACUUUCAUUUGUAAGAAAGUUAAUGUGAUCUGUUUUGUUAUGUGGAUUUAUUUUUUAAGUUAUGGGUGGGAAUAAUGUACUAAUUUUAAGAAAUUAAUUUUGGAGAUUGUUUAAAAAUUUGUAUCUAAAGAUAAGGCUCCUAAUGCUAAUAUUUGUUGUUAUAUUGAAUGUUAAUGCUCUAACUGGGUGAGAGCAUAGUGAAUAUGUUGAUACUUAUAAUAGAUAAGAAAGUAUACUUAAGUGCAUUUACUGUGAUGCGUAUAGUGUCAGUGGCAUUAGUGUGUUGUGUGAAUGCAUUCACUUUCAUCUGAUGUACAAUCCUUGGUUGUAAUAAUUGUAAAGACUUUUAUAUGGGAGGGUGAUCAUAAUAAAUAAUUUUAUAGCU